CCAAAAUUAUCCUCUGCACAGCUGCUUCUGCUCAACUACGUCACGAUGUUUUGAUCGAGUUAAAGCUACCUAGCGUACAUGGCUAACAAAUAUCGAAACUACAACUGAGCUGAGUUCGAGCGAACGAGCCACUUGUGGAAACAUCUGGCUCCACAUGCUGGGAUCCUAUAUGGCUUCCUUCCUGUGUUUAUCAGGGGCUUAACAGCAGUGAUCUACCCGCAGCAGGAGGAAUUCUCUCUGCAUCUGUCAGAUCCCCUGAUCCGUCACCAUCCGAAACAGAGAUGGCAGCUUCCCAGCACACAUAAAAACAGAUUAAUCACCUUUAUGCAGUCCAUGUGGGAUGAUUCUUUGAAUGGUAAAAAUUACACUGCAGCACAUGAGGCUUUUCUCAACGGUUGAAAAGGAGUAUGGGGUGCUAAGAUCAUUGCUAACACCUCUCCUCCAACGUUUGCUGUGUGAAAAUAUAACCAGUGGGUCCAAACGACAACAUUGGGGGAUAAUAAUGUAUAAGAGAAUUUAGUAAUCUCACUUAAUUAGAUUAUUUCUUUCUCAAUUUCUCAUUAGGUCAAGAAUCUAAAUUUACCUUUGGAUUAUUCAAACAUUCUAAAUUCUUUCUUGUUUUUUGUUUUCCUUACAUUAAUCAGUUUUUUAGUUUAAAUCUUAGAGACUCUUCCUGUUCAAAGUCAUCCUAUUUGUACAGCAGCAUCCAUAACUCAUCAUUUGUCGUUAAUACAGAUGUUUUUAACUCUAUUGUCAUAAGAUUUACUUCCAUACAUUCCACUGUUUUGAUUGUGUUCUUUUAGAAUGUUUCACUGAUCAUUUAUUUGUAAAACAGGGUUCAUUUUAACAUCCUGGUUCUGAUUUUUAGGGCUCUACGGACAAGCAUGAUGUUACAUUGGUGAUCUUCUCAAUUCCCACACCCCCAGCAGGUCCCUGAGGUCCAGUGACCAUAUCCUACCGGUUGUGCAGCGCACCAGGUGCUGUGGCCCCCAGACCCCAUGAAACUAAACUGUUCAGGCUGGCUUUGAUGUGGCCUUCAUCCUCUUGUUCUGCUCUUUCUACCUGUUCCACCCUUCCCGGGAUCCACUGAUUUACCCUCUUUCUUAUUCAUGUAAUCUCUCAUUUUCCUCAAAAUUUUAAUCACAAUUUCUUCCCAUUUUUUUCUCAUUUAAAGCAAAUCUUAAUUUAUUUGUAAAAAGUUUGUUCAACUGAUGCACCUCAUAAUUUUGAUCUUUUCCCUUCCUUUCUCUCUCUCUCUCUCUCUCUCUCUCUCUCUCUCUCUCUCUCUCUCUCUCUCUCUCUCUCUCUCAGCCCAAUCUUUCAGUAUGAAAGUCAAUUUAUUAUGACCAAAAAGUUCCAUCCUUCCAAUUAAGAGAGUGAUAAAAUUGUGGUUUCCUUCAGGAGUCCCUCAAAAUUUAAAUAUAUGAGUUUCACACAGUCGGUGUUUUAGAUUUAUUUUCAAAUGUAUUUCACUUCUGGAGAUCAGACCCUCAAUUUAGUGUUUGGAGACCCAAAAUUGUCCCCUGAGCCAAAUUUUGGCAACCAAUACAGACUUCAUCUUCUCAAAAUGGUUAAAAUGUGGAAAUUGUUGAAACAACUGUAAUCUUAAUUUUACAUCUGUCUGAUUUGUCAAAAUAAGACAAGACCCUGCAGGCUGCAGCUCAAAUUUCAGCAUCAUUUUCUAUCAGGCUGCUUUAAGAUGUUAUAACGUGCUGCUCUUUGCAGAGUUACAAAGGAGGAAGGGGACGUUCGCUCAGACACGGGGGGUUGCACAUCAGCCGCCCCAUGUGUAGCUCUCAUAAUCCGCAGCAGGUCCGUCGCCCUUCAGAAGCGAUGCUGGAGUUUGGAGACGCGGACUCGCGGCGCAGCACGCUGCUCCUCUCUGCCAUGCCGUGAGCACAUUUAAAACCAGCUCCGAGAUUUAUAUUUGCUACUGACCUGCUGUUUGCACCGAUAUGGAGUACUGGAGGCAGUGCGCGAUGUGGCUGAUCGGCUGCAACGUGCUGCCAGCAAACCACCGGGUCACGGCGGACUCGGCGCAGGUGUUCGACCUGGCUCAGACCCUGCGGGACGGGGUGUUGCUGUGCCAGCUGCUCAACAACCUGAAACCCCAAACCAUCAACCUGAAGGAGAUCAAUCUCAGGCCACAGAUGUCCCAGUUCCUGUGCUUAAAAAACAUCAGGACCUUCCUGAAUUCCUGCUGUGAAGUUUUUGGAAUGAAGAAAAAUGACUUGUUUGAUGCUUUUGAUCUCUUUGAUGUUCGAGAUUUUGGAAAGGUUAUGGAUACGCUCUCCAAGCUCUCUUACACAGCAGCUGCUCAACAAGGAGGAUUCAAGCCAUUUCCAACUGACCAGAGCUUGAAGGACGAGGACAUUUACAACAAUUUGGCUGACUUGAUUGACGAGAAUAUUCCUGAAGACGAGGAUGACUUGUAUGCAGCGGUAUACGGGCUAGACCAAGAAUAUGCAGGAGGAGAGAUCUAUGAAGACCUCAUGAAGACAGAGCAGCAGCUGCCACUGCAGGUAGAGGUAGAUGUGCGGAGCUGCUGUCUGUCAGAGAUCAAACAGACGGAAGAGCGAUACACAGAGACGCUGGAGUCCAUUGAAAAGUAUUUUCUGAAUCCUCUGAAGAAGUUUUUAUCCGUAGCUGAAAUUGACAACGUUUUUGUCAACAUUCCCGACCUGGUAAAACUGCACAAGAGCCUGAUGGUGGAUGUGCAGGAUUCCAUUCUGAACAAAAACGCCUUAAAUCUUCACCAAAUCUUUAUCGACUACAAAGAAAGACUCCUCAUUUAUGGGAUUUACUGUAGCCGGGUCGAGAUCGCUAUUGCAAUUUUAGACCUGAUCUGCAAAGAGAAAGAGGAUGUUCGCCUAAAGCUGGAGGAGUGCUCUAAAAGGGCCAACAAUGGGAAGUUCACACUGAGGGACCUGCUGGUUGUCCCAAUGCAGCGAGUGCUAAAGUACCAUCUCCUCCUACAGGAACUUGUCAAACACACUCAAGAUGCUGCUGAUAAGAACAACCUAAAGACAGCUCUUGAUGCCAUGAAGGACCUCGCUCAGUAUGUCAAUGAAGUGAAGAGAGAUAAUGAGACUCUGAGGGAGAUCGACCAGUACCAGAGGUCUAUUGAAAAUCUGAAUCAGCCACUUCUCACUUUUGGUCGACCAAAAGGAGACGGAGAGGUGCGGCUGGUGUCCAACAUUGACAAGAGGAAACAGGACAGGCACAUCUUUCUGUUUGACGUGGCAGCCGUUGUUUGCAAGCGAAGAGGCGACAACUACGAGAUGAAGGACAUAUUAGAUCUGAACCUCUUUAAGGUCACCAACAAUCCCACAUCUGACAGAGAAGGCAAAAAGUGGUGCUAUGGGUUCUAUGUGACGCACCAACAGGGCCAUACUGGUUUUGAACUCUUCUUCAAGACCAGAGAGCUGAAGAAGAAGUGGUUGGAGCAGUUUGAAAUGGCUAUAUCAAAUAUCCAUCCAGAAAAAGCUAAUCACAACUCACACCAGUUCAAGAUGCACACGUUUGAAAAGAUCUCAUCCUGUAGUAAUUGUCGUCUUUUUCUCAGGGGCAUCUUUAACCAGGGUUAUCUCUGUCUAAAAUGUGGCCUGGGGGCUCAUAAAGAGUGUCUGGGUCGGCUGGGAGUCUGUGGGAGAACAGAUCCUGUCAAGCAGAAGCCCAAGGACAACACAACAGCACCAAGCUCAGGUCUGCCGAGGAUGAUUGUGAUCAAAGACUACAGCGGCAUCCCCAGUCCCCAGUGUGGGCCCCCGCUGAGCAUUCAUGCAGGGGAUGUCAUUGAGUUGAUGUUUGCUGAUCUGCAAAGCUCCUGGUGGCAGGGCAAAAAUCUGGCGACAAGCAAGAUUGGCUUCUUUCCAAGUGAUGCUGUGAGGCCUUACCCAUGUGUUCCAAAACCUGCCGAUUAUUCUGCAUACCUUUGGUUUGCAGGGCUGAUGGAGAGGUACCAGGCAGAGUUGGAGCUGAUGGACAGAGACAACAGCACGUAUCUGGUUCGACACAGGAGUAAAGAGCUCAACGAAUACGCCAUCAGUAUAAAGUUCAACGACAAAGUCAAGCACAUUAAGAUUCUGACCAAGGAUGGAUGCUUCUACGUCGCAGAGAGUCGGCUGUUCAAGACUGUACUGGACUUGGUAGAAUACUAUAAAGAGCACUCUCUGAAGGAGGGCUUCAGCAGCCUUGACACUACUCUGCAGGUUCCCUACAGAGAGCUGUCCAAUGGAAACAUGCCUAAGGCCAUUACCAAGGUUUGCAGUGUUCCUGUUGGCGGCUGCAGCUUUGUUCCUCCCUCCUUCUCGCCUUUCUGGUCAGUGUUUUCUCCUAGAGUGGUGGGGGUCGCAGUGGCACGUUAUGACUUCUGCUCCAAAGAUAUUCAGGAGCUCACUCUACAGAAGGGAGACAUCAUCCGGAUCUACACCAAGAUGCCCAAUGGGUGGUGGAAGGGAGAAGUUGAUGGCAGGGUGGGCUGGUUUCCCUCAACGUACGUGGAAGAAGAGGACUAACUGCAUUUUGUAAAGAAUGAAAUAUUCAGCGGUGUUUAGAACCUGAUAUCCUCCAGUGUUUCUGCCACUCUCCGUACCCUCAAUCACACCUCCCUGAUGAAACCCGGAGGACUGGACAUGAAAAGAGGUGGCAGUGUCCUUGCAAUCUGUCUCCUGUCCUCUGACAGAUUCUCACAUGAGAGAGAGGAAGUUGUCAAAUAACAGAUUCCUGGAGUGUCACGGCACAUCUUCCACCAGUGUGGUUUCGUCUGUCCCUUUAAUUCCACCUCACCUUCUCUUAUUAUUGAUGACACCAUUGGUGGGUGUAAGACUUGUCUUCAUUGGUUUCAAAACUAGGAAGGCUAACCAAAAAAAAAAAAACAAAAA